AUGGAUGGGAGGGGCAGUGAGGCUGUGGAUCGAAAUGGGAACACUAUGGAUGGGAGGGGCAGUGAGGCUGUGGAUCGAAAUGGGAACACUAUGGAUGGAAGGGGCAGUGAGGCUGUGGAUCGAAAUGGGGACACUAUGGAUGGGAGGGGCAGUGAGGCUGUGGAUCGAAAUGGGAACACUAUGGAUGGGAGGGGCAGUGAGGCUGUGGAUCGACAUGCGGACACCAUGGAUGGGAGGGGCAGUGAGGCUGUGGAUCGAAAUCGGAACACUAUGGAUGGGAUGGGCAGUGAGGAUGUGGAUCGACAUGGGAGGGGCAGUGAGGCUGUGGAUCGACAUGGGGACACUAUGGAUGGGAGGGAUAGUGAGGCUGUGGAUCGAAAUCGGAACACUAUGGAUGGGAUGGGCAGUGAGGCUGUGGAUCGACAGGGGAGGAGCAGUGAGGCUGUGGAUCGACAUGGGAUGGGCAGUGAGGCUGUGGAUCGAAAUGGGAGGGGCAGUGAGGCUGUGGAUCGAAAUUGGGACACUAUGGAUGGGAGGGGCAGUGAGGCUGUGGAUCGAAAUUGGGACACUAUGGAUGGGAGGGAUAGUGGGGCUGUGGAUCUAAAUGGGAGGGGCAGUGAGGCUGUGGAUCGAAAUGGGAGGGGCAGUGAGGCUGUGGAUCGAAAUGGGAGGGGCAGUGAGGCUGUGGAUCGAAAUGGGAGGGGCAGUGGGGCUGUGGAUCGAAAUGGGAGGGGCAGUGAGGCUGUGGAUCGAAAUGGGAGGGCCAGUGAGGCUGUGGAUCGAAAUGGGAACACUAUGGAUGGGAGGGGUAGUGCGGCUGUGGAUUGA